ACUGACGCCCCCUCCCCGCCCCCGCAGGUGCCGUUCGGCGAGGCGUGGCACGUGCGGGAGUGGCUGCGGGUGUCGGGCGCGGUGCGGCGGCCGCCCCGGGAGCACCCCAAGCGCCCGGUGCUGGGGCUGCGCUGCCCGCGGAGCGAGGUCAGCGGCGCCCGCUUCUGGGGGCUGAUCCGCAGCCUGUGCCCGGAGCCCCGCGCCUUCUUCCGCCACUGCUUCGUGCACAACCUCUGCCCGCUGCUCUUCCUCGCCGCCUCGGGCCGGAACGUGCCGCCGCCGGAGCUGCGGGCGGCCGAGCGGGAGCGGCUGCUGGCGCCGUGCGGGGCCGCGCUGGCCGCCGUGGUGGCGGCGCUGGGCGUGCGCCUGGUGCUGGCCCUGGGCCGGCUGGCCGAGCUGCGGGCGCGCCGGGCGCUGCGGGACGCGGGGCUGGCCGUGCCCGUGGCCUGGAUCCCGCACCCUUCGCCCCGCAACGCCCGCAGCGCCCGCGGCUGGGAGAGCGAGGCGCGGGAGCGGCUGCGGGAGCUGGGGGUGCUGCGGCUGCUGGGGGUGCGGGACGGGGCGGGGGGCGAGCGGGGACGGCUG